AUGUCUAAUGUAACAUCUUCGGUGGGGCUGGUACCCGGGAUGUCAGGUAUGGAUGUGAAUACUAUAUUAUGGAAACAGAUGGGAAGUAGUGUACCUAGUACAACAUGGUAUGCAACAGUAGGAACUAUCAUUCAAGCUUUAAUAGUUUCUUCAAUAUUAUCAAAUACUCUAAGCUAUUUCGAAUAUUUCACUCAAUCAGAUUCCAUUUGGUUAUUAGAAGCAGUAGGUCUAGGAGCUAUAAUGUCUGUCGGGGCUCUAGGUCUGACUUCUGCUCAAGCGUACAAAUUGAUCCAUGAAAACGAAACCAAUAUCGCAUCCCAUUUCAGAUUCCUCAUGUUAGCUGACAUGUCACAUUUACUUAUUGGUGCCAUAUUCAAUGCUGCUGGUGCGGUAUAUUAUACGUACCGAGCUUGGAGAAUGUCAGGUAAUAAAUGGUAUAUCGUUCCACCAUUCGCAUUAGGUGUUAUUGCUCAAUUCGCUGUUGCCAUCAUCGCCGUUGUUAACGGACUGAAAAUGCCUCACUUGACUAUUGAAGUGGUGAAAGAUUUACAGGAAAUUAUGGGUGGCACGAUCAAAUGGUUUCAAGCUUGGGGAGCGAUCACUUUUGCUGUCGAUGGUAUUUUAUGUCUGUUUAUGACUUUCAUGUUAUUCAAAUCUAAGCAAGGUAUAUUUCACAAUCAAUCGAAACUAUUCAAGAAACUUAUUUCGCUGGUGUACGAGACUAUGCUUCCGCCUGUACUUUGCUUAUUGAUACUGGAAUCAACCAGUAGUAAAGCAGGUUCACCUUUGACCGAUUUCAGAAGGAUUUUCACUUCGAUAUUACCUGUAUUAUACUAUCAUUCAGUCUUGUCGACUUUAGUAGGGAGACAGACUAUCAGGAAGAUUUUGGAUCGGAAAUUGAUCAAAGAAGGUGUAGAUGUAUUUUCCGGAUCAAGAUCAAGAUCAGGUUCAGGCUCGGGUUUAGGUUCAGGUUCAGGCUCGAAUGGACAUGUGAAUAAAAAUGGUGGUCGAAUUUUCGUUAGUAGACAAGUUCAGCGUGAUCGUAACCCUGACCAUAACGAUAAGGAGAAGAAUCUGGAAUUGGGUAUCAUAUCAUCACCGUUCACACCAAAAUCAAAAUCUGAUAGUCCAUUCGUUCUGAUUGAAACUGAACAGAGUCAGAGUGUUGUUGGACCGGAUGGCGUCGAACAUCAUCAUUUGCCUACUUUAGGCAGAAAUAGAUUACAGAGUAAUCGAUCCCAAGAGGACGAUGUUACGACUUGGGAUCAUCCACCUAAUAGUUGGGCUUCAACAGAUAGGUUAUACGAUGGUCCAGGCAGAGCAGCGUAA